AAUUCGAGAAGCAAAAAAAUAAAAGGUGAAAAUAUGAAAGAAGGAUAUAUUUCCGCAUGCUCCUUUUAAAGCCGUUAGCAACAGCAGCAUGGUCUCGCUUCUGCAUUUCUGAUGUGGGAGAGAGAGACAGAGCGCAAAUCCAGAGAGAAGAGAGAAAGUUUUUAUUGUCACAAGCAAAACCCGUCUCCUGAAAUGGGUGCAUAAAGCUCUUAAAAUCAAAGCAGAAGCAGAAGAGAAGAAGCAGCUCAGGAGAGUUGGAAGAGAAGAAAGGAGAGAAACAUGGAAGUGGUCCAGUUGCAGAGUCGUUUGGUUGAUCUCACAUCAUCUCUCUUCAGUGAGGGAUUCCUGGAUGAUCAAUAUACACAGCUGCAGCAGUUGCAAGAUGAGAGCAACCCAGAUUUUGUUUUUGAAGUGGUGUCUCUCUUCUUUGAUGAUUCUGAGAAGCUUCUUAAUGAUUUGAGCAGAGCUUUAGAUCAGCAGCCUGUAGAUUUCAAAAAGGUUGAUGCCCAUGUUCAUCAGUUGAAGGGCAGCAGCUCCAGCAUAGGAGCACAUAGAGUUAAAAAUAUCUGCAUUGCAUUUCGGAACUUCUGCGAGGCAAAUAAUCGAGAAGGAUGUUUGAGAUGCCUUCAGCAAGUGAAACAGGAGUUCUACCUGGUGAAGAACAAGCUUGAAUCUUUAUUCAGGCUGGAGCAACAGAUUUUGGCAGCUGGUGGUUCAAUCCCAGUGAUGGAAUAGAAGCUUGCAAUGCUUGUAAUUUCCAUCAGACUAAGAAAACUCAUUGCAUGCAGAAGAAGAGAGAAAUGAAGGUGGUAGUGUUUGGUAAUGUAAAUAAGGCUAUGAGCUUUUUAGAGUUUUGGUAGGAGUUGGAAAUGUAAAAGCCCUUUUCCUUGCAUAAAAGAGGUCCUGUUGGACUUGUACUGAAACUUGUAUGUGAGACUCCUGUGAAAUUGCACUCCUAUCUUAUCCCUUUGGACUUCUGCUUCUGUUUCA